GCACCGCUGAGUCGCUGGUCCGCGCGCGUCAAACCUAUAUCGCUUCUGAUAUACACGCACACCGCGGGUAAAAGCUCGUGAUAUAUAAUCCGCGCACUAUGUGCCGUAAGUGUGUGUGUGCGUCAAGGGAUCCUAGAUGACUGUGGAAAUAGUGAGUGACACUUGUGCGGCAAAGAAAUGGAAAAGAUAGAGUUACUGGGCAGUGCUUGCUUCAGCCACGGCCCUUACACAUUUUACAAAGCAGUAAGAAUAGGUACCGGUCGUGUCCUGCGUCUCGGGAGUUUCUUUUUGACAAAACUCUGGAGCGAUGCCGACCUCGUCAGUAUCGGCGAGCUACAGCUGCUGUGGAUGGACAAUCGCGGACCGAAUCAGCCUCUGGCGUCUUUGCGGCUGUAUUUCUUACCUGAGAACACGCCAGACGGCAGGAGGGACACGCACGGAGAGGACGAGGUGCUGACAAUUUCGGAAAAGGUGGUCGUCCGCGUGCACGACCUGGUCACGUUUCUCUCGCCCACGUUGGAAUGGUCAUGGGGCCGAGAGGUGUCCUAUCCGACGACGCCGACGUCGUCCCCGGAGACAAGCCCGCUAAGAUACGAGUUGCCGCAACCGCAAGUCCUGACCGAUCCGGGAAUCGAUUUUUCGGAUGUCGACAAGCAGCAGAAGGAAUACGAGAGCAGCGUGAAUUUCGCCAGAAGGUCGGAUUACGGAUUUCAGACCAAGGUGGUGGUGCUCUCGUAUCCGAGGUACUGCCGAUACCGGGCGCUUCUGCGUAGACUCGACGGCGCCGAACCUUCCUGGCUCGGCACGGCGAUCGCGGCCGCGUUAGGGGGUUUCACCGCGAGUCCAGGCACCAGGGUACUUUUUUGCAGGGAUACCUUCGAUUAUCCCGAUCUCGAGACCCACGAACUGCUAUGUAAUCAUUUGGCACCGAAACUAAAGGGAAGACCGCGGAGGAAGCGUAAAAAGCGCAGUGCCUCGCCGGGUGAAUCUUCUAACGAAAGCGAGGCGUCGGUGGCCUCGACGUCGAAGAGCACGCCGGCGACCACCAGCAGCAGUCUGGUGAUACCCACGGUCGGCCGACCGCCCUCGUCGGCGGUGCGGCGGAGCGAGAGAAAAACCAGUGCGGAAGAGAAGAAGUUUAUCACGGACGUGCAGAGUUUUAUGAACUCUCGGGGUACGCCGGUCGGAAAGAUGCCACUGCUGGGCUACAGGCAGAUUGAUCUGUUCCUGUUCUACACGAAGGUGCAAAUGCUCGGCGGGUACGACACCGUCAGCGCUGGUCGUCUCUGGAAGACAAUUUACGACGACAUUGGCGGCAAUACGGGUUCAACUAGCGCGGCGACUAUUACACGCAGACAUUACGAAAGAUUGUUAUUACCCUACGAAAGGUAUCAGCGAGGUGAGGAAGAGAAAGAGAAAUUGAACAAUGGACGACGUAUCAAAACCACGAGCUUAUCAGAGGAUUUAGAUGUCAAGGAGGAAUCUAACGAUCUAUGUCCGUCGGAAACACCACCACCUGUAGAAGCAAUUUCCGCGAUCACGACGUCACCUCUGCAACCAAUAACGUCGUCAGCAACGACGCCUUCGCUCUCGAAUGAGAAACCAAAAACCGAAACUGGCAAAACGUCUUCGUUGCGUAGCGUACGAGUGAAGCCGGAACGUCUAAAGUCCCUGAACACAAUAAUCGCCAACAGUGCGACACCUUCCAGCCAGCAAGCUAAUCAACUGCCAAGUCCACCGCCAUCCUCCAACACAUCUCUUUCAACACCCAGUAGCACACCCUCCACGACACCCACAAGCGGCACCGGUAGUCAAAGCGUCCUCGAGAGACAACUCAACAGUCCGUUGAUAACCCAACAAGUUCCACCAUCGUGUUCGCCACCGGGCUUGCCCGUGACCAGCGUAGCGACGGUCGUUACCCUGACACCUCCACCCGAGAAAGACAUGAAAGAAAUUAAACUUGAUCCCAAGCAGACGACAUUAUUGGCGCAGGGCAAAGAAAACAUCCCGCUGUUUGGCGGCGAGAAGCCACCCAUCUACGUCGAGAAAACGAUGGUGCCGCCGGUCUCCAGGUCGCCCGAAGUGAUCGAUCUCGAGAACGAGAGCGACAACACGACACGAGACAAGAUAAUCAUCCCCAGUUUCAAGAAACGCAAGCUCGAGAUUCUGCGCGAGGGCGGUCUCGAAGUCACCGCUGUCGACUUGGAAAUGCGACCGAGCGUGAUUCAGAGCAGCGUCACACCGUCGCCGCAGCCACCGGCCACGAUGAGGAACGAGGAGAAGCAAUCGCCGAUCUCGCCGUAUUCGCAUCCCGUCACGCCUAAUUCCGUUCCCAAAUUGAUAUCCGUCACCGUGACGCCCGACAUAGGACACAUGUUGCCCUCGCCGCAGGAGCAUCUGAAUCAUCAGCAGCGCGGUCCGAUGAUCAAACAGCCGCCGGCUCAUCACAACAACAACAAUAGCAUGAUGACCAACAAUAACGUGAUGAAUAGUCGGGUGAUAAACCUCGGUAACUCGAAUAACACCGCGCUGUUACAGCUGUACGCGAACGCGAACGCGAACGCCGCACCACCGACUUCAGCGGUGAUCCCCUCGUCCGUGCAACAGCCAAACAGUCGUUUCGUUCCACCAAACAUUUUAAACGGCAGGUUGAUGCCGCCCAAAGUAACGCAAUCGAGAUCGAUAUUUAUGCACAACGAAAAAACGGUUUACGGGAAUCCGAAGGAAAUUCUCGGCUCUCCCAAGUAUCGUUCGCCACAUCCGCCUCAACAGCAGCAGCAACAGCAGCGCUCGCAAAUUCCGCAGAGUGGCGGCGAUCCCGGGCAAGGUGGUGUUCUCGAUUUGACGCAAAAGUCCAACGAGAAACCCACAUUCCCCAGACCCAGUCUGGAAAUAGUCAAAGUACCUGUAGUGCCGAGGCCUAAUCCGUUGAAUCUUGAAAUGCGGAAUGUACCCACGGCCAAAGACAAAUUGUCGGACCGACCUCUCGUCGACUGUCCGAAGCGUGCACCCUAUAUCCCCGCCUAUCAGAAUGUGAUCGACACACGGACCAUCGCCUCGAACAAUCUCGAGAUCACGUUGGUGAAUCCCGCGGGUAAGCAAAAGAACAAUCAUCAUCUGGGCCCACCUCCACACGUUCAGAUACCGAGUCCACCUAACAAGAGUAACGUGAUGGGAACGUUGAAUAGCGCGCCGAGAAGACAAUCGCAACUACACCCGCCCUCUCAAAUAAAUGGAAAGUACGCGGCGAGAAACGAGCCCGUUUCCCCGUACACGCCGAGGAAGCCGACUCAUCCUGUCAUACCGAACGUACCUAAUCUGAAUCAGCUGAAUCACACCUCGAGUCCAUUCCCUAGAAUACAGGCGACCACGAUGCAUCAGCAACAGAUGAGCAUUGACAGAAGGAAAGCGGCUGCGGAGAUCGCCAGAGAUCAUCAACAGCGUAGAAUUAGUGAGGGCGAGAAAUCCUUAGCCGCGCAGCAACAGCAACAGCAACAGCAGCAGCAGCAGCAGCAAGAAUCCAGGCAGAGCGAGGUCAACCGACGGCACAGUUUACCCAGCAUACCGUCGGGCUUCGUGCCGACAGUACCGCAAGCCAAUUCCACUCCUUACUCGUUGUCGCAACUGCCAAACGUGCCGGGCAAGUUUCUACCGCCGAUUCUGGACCCCAUGUACUAUCCCACGUUUUACAACGGCUUGUUCCCGCCGCCGCUUCCGCCCACGGCCGCUGUCGCCGCCGCAGCGGCGUCGCCGUUUCUGCCGCCCGAAUUUGGCGCAUAUUACAAGGAACUACUUGCUUCCUCGCAACCAAGACUGACGGGGAUGGCGGGGCAGUCGCCGCAUCAACAGCCGGCCGCCCCAACGUCUAAGUAGACAACGGGAUCUCAACAUGUAGGGUUUCCGGCAUAACGAUAGAGAGGAUGUUUCGAGUUAUUUAGAGAAGGACAAGGAUCCGUCGGACUUCGCUAUAUAAUUUGCGUACGAAGCGAUUUAAAAACUUGUAAGAGCGUGUCGAUGAAACUUAGAAAAAGUGAGAGAUUUAUUGUCUGCGUUAUAUUGUUUUUUUCUUUUUUUUUAUUCAAUUAAUAACUACGGCAACAAAGUUAUUCACAGUGUUCGUUUACGAUAGAGAGAAGAACGACGAUCCCGUGGAUUUUCGUGCGUAGAAAGACACAGUAAGGAUGUGAAACUUUAAUCCACGUCACGUGUGACAUUUUUGUCGAGUCGCACGAGAUUCCAGAGGGUCGUCGAUUAUUAGGAAAAAAAAGACUCUGUGAUAAAAAAAAAAAAAAAAAAAAAAAUG